AUGUCUAAUUCGAACGCACGUGAGCCCGAGGAGCAAGUUGGCUUGCUACAUGCAUCUACCGACGACGAUAGCGAACACACAGAAGAUGAUCGGGGACCGCGCUGGACCGAUAAGCACGAAACCGCACAGCACCACAAACCUCGGCGGCCAUGGAUCAGAGUCACCACCGUUGCUUUUCUCCUCAUUUCCACAAUUAUCGUCUUGGUGCACCGAGGACUAACCGGCAGCGAGCACACUGAUUCGCCAUCCACUACCUCUAGUCUUGCAAGACUUCGACCGGAAGAAGACUACAUACUCUCUUCAGGAUGGGAUUUUAACGCUCCACCUACGACCCGGGAGUAUACUUGGGAGGUAACCGACCACAUUCUCAAUCCUGACGGAGUGUAUCGCCCUAUGAUACUCAUCAAUGGCACCUUUCCUGGGCCUCUGAUCGAGUGCAACGAAGGCGAUGAGCUUGUUGUCCAUGUCCGCAACCAAGCCACCAAUGCCACAUCUAUCCACUGGCACGGUCUCUACCAGAACGGCACAAACUGGAUGGACGGAACAGUGGGAGUCACGCAGUGUCCGAUUGCCCCAGGCCAUUCAUUCACAUACCGGUUCAAUGUAACGGGGCAAACGGGAACGUACUGGUAUCACUCGCACGUUAGCAUGCAAGCGUCAGAUGGACUCGUGGGACCGCUCAUCAUACACGCCCAGGACGGAGAAGAGAAGAUGGAAUUGCAAAAGGUACCGUAUGAACAGGACCGCGUAGUUCUACUGUCGGACUUCUACUACGACCUUUCCUCCGACCUACUUAUGCAGUACCUCUCCCCCGGCAGUGAAAACGAUGAGCCUGUUCCCCCAUCUGCCCUGAUCAACGGACGAAACGUGCGAGACUGCGCCGGUUUACCGAAUCGAAACUGUUCAUCAUCUGGCAUUAGCAAUGCUUUGUUUAGCUUGUCGCGCACGAGCAAUACACGACUUCGCAUUAUCAACGUUGGGGCUUUUGCAGAAUUUGCCUUGCAAAUUGACGAACAUGAGUUCCAGGUCACAGAAGUAGAUGGCACGGAUGUGUACCCUCAAUCAGUUCAUCGGCUGAACAUCAACCCUGCGCAGCGGUACAGUAUAGUCCUCACUCCACCCAGUGAGGACGGGAACAAAGAGGCGUAUUGGAUGCGUGCAAGGAUGGUGACGCACUGUUUUGCGUAUGAAGAGCCGGAAUUGCAAGAAGAAGUUAGGGGUAUACUAUACUAUCCUACAACGGAUAAUGGAACGAAGGAGCUUGUACCAAAGAGCAAGGAUUGGCCUGAGAUUAUCGAUGUCGAAUGUCGGGACCUGAACACUUCGACUCUGGAGCCUGUCAUCGCAAUAGCACCACCGGAGAUUGAUACUCAAUACGCCCUCUACCUCCGCUCCUCGUUCCAGAUCGGGGAUUGGAGACUCUCGCGAGGUUAUUUGAACGAUAGUUCUUUUCGCACAAAUGCUACCUCGCCGAUCCUAAACACCAUGCUUUCGACACGGACCGUCGAGUCGAGUGUUCACGAAAGAAUUCUAGACACGGACACGUUUGACCCUUUGCACCAACUCAUUUAUCAGACGCAAUCGACGCGGACCAUAACGAUCCUAAUACAGAAUCUAGACGACGGAAACCACCCCUUCCAUCUCCAUGGCUACAAGUUCUUCGUCCUCGCUCAGGGACACGGGUAUCCACCUUCUUCCCUUCUCGAACCCGACUAUGUUGGAAGUCAUCUCAAUCUGACUAAUCCGCUGCGGAGGGAUACGGCAAGUGUAGAAGCAUACGGGUGGCUGUUGAUAUCAUUUGUGGCGGAUAAUCCAGGAAUGUGGGCGUUUCAUUGCCAUAUAGGCUGGCAUACCGAGGCUGGCUUGAUGAUGGUGUUUGCCACUAGGACGCAAGAGAUGAGGGGUUGGAAGGUACCUGAGGAAGUUGAUGGGUUGUGUGGGCUGGAAGGAGUAGAGAGGGGUAUGGCGCCAGAUGAUGAUGUCUGGGUUGGCAGGAGGGAAGAAGAAAGGAGAGGUGGGAUUGAUAGAUUAUCGUAG